AUGGAUAGCGAAAUCGAGGACAUUACUAAGUCUUGUAAAUGGUGUCUUGAAGGGGGAGGAAAUCCACCGAAAACACUGUUAAAUGUAUGGAAAUGGCCUAAAGGCCCAGGUUAUAGGCUGCAUGCGGAUUUUUGCGGACCGAUCAAUGGAUUUAUGUACCUCGUAAUUGUCGACGCAUAUUCGAAAUGGCUCGAUGUAAGAGAAAUGAUCAGUAUCACGGCAGAGCAAACUAUUAUCGAGUUAAAAGAGUAUUUCAGUGUUUGGGGUUUACCCCACAAAUUGGUCACAGAUAAUGGUCCAACUUUUACAUCAGAGCUAUUUGAAAGAUUCCUCAAGAACAAUAAAAUAUUACACAUUAGAACUGCUCCCUAUCAUCCAGCGUUAAAUGGAGCUGCGGAAAACGGCGUAGGAACUUUCAAAGCGAAGUUUAAAUUAUUAUUAAAACAGGGAUUAUCGCGUCAUGAUGCGCUAUGUAAAUUUUUAUUUUUUUAUCGAGCGACUCCACAUUGUACUACAAAUUUAUCGCCAGCAGAAUUACAAAUUGGUAGACAACUGCGUGCUAGGUUUGAUGCGAUAAAACCAAUUUUUCGAGAAACUAACGAACUGCGAGAAAAAGUUGAAUGUAAGCAGGCCAAACAAAUGCAUUAUUUCCGAGGUAACAGAAAAAUUGCGUUUAAUCAGGGCGACGUGGUUAUGAUUAAGGUUAUCGAAACAAUAAUUGGCGUCGAGCAAAAAUCCUUGAGCAAUUAG